UGAUUCACUCCUUGUCUGGUUCCUGGAUUCUAUAUCCGUCGUAAUUAGUCUUUGCCUGCCGGGACUCGAUCUGGACACCUACUCCGUAGGCUGGUAGUUGCCCCGCCUCAACACCAACUCUUGAUACCCGAAGGCGAAGUACCCCGGCGGGUUCUUGAGCUUUUCAGAUUCAAUUUCCGAAGAGAGAACGGCGACACGGUGCAGGGCAACUCAAGCUGCUCGGAUCUCUGCAAUUCACUUGCUCCAAAAGGACCGAGUGAAAAUGUCUCUCGAGGUUAUCUACCUUGUUCGCCACGGGUUCCGUUCCAACUGGCUCGUCGACCACGUAACCGGCAACUAUAGCUCCUCCGUUCCCUCACCGACCGGCAUCUCGGCCGACCCGGCCCUGACCGCCCACGGGGUCGACCAGGCUAAUGAACUCGCCGCUCAUCUCUUGACGGUCGAUCCCGCUAUCGAGGCCGUUUACUCUAGUCCUUACUACCGUUGUCUGCAGACGAUCAGCCCCUUUGUUGAGCGCAAGGCUCAGGAGCACCAAUCCCUGCAACAGCAACGGGGGACGGGUGCCUCUCGUGAUCAGGAUACGCCGCAAUCUGCCGUCACUACGAUUCGUCCAGAGCUUGGCAUUUCCGAGUGGUACGGCGCUGCCCACUUCGAGCACCCGACUCCUGCUCCGGGUCCCGUCUUGAAGUCUAUGUUCCCCCAUUAUGAUGAGAAGUAUCAGUCCGAGGUGGUACCCGCCCGCAAGGGCGAGACGAUCCAGGAGCUUUAUCAACGCGUGGCCAAAGCGGCCGCGGCCAUCAUCGAUCAGUGCGAUGCCGAGGGCAGGCGUGCCGUCAUUCUCUGCUCACACGCUGCCCCGAUCAUUGCUCUGUCCAGAGUUCUCACCGGCCAAGUCCCAGAGAAUCCAGAGACGCACGAUUUCGAUGCGUUCACCUGUGGUCUUGGUGUUUUCCGCAGAAAACGAAACCCAGACCUUUCUGAGGCGGAGGCACAAAACGCCAGCAGGCAGGGCACAGAUUCUGAAUCAUGGAAACUUGGUACAGGCGUCCGGGGAGGCUGGACGUGUGAAGCCAACAGCGACUGCAGCUUUUUGAGUGGAGGAGAAGAGAGAGGCUGGCGCUUUUCAGGCGACGAGUCAUUUCCCGCGGCCAAUCCGUCGUCGCAAGCCGACGCCGGCAUUGCCCUAGGCGUCGUCGUCGAGGGCAGGCAGCGUGGGGCUCAGGAUCGGCAGCAGCCCAGAGCCCCGCGAGAUGGCAAUGCCGCUGCGGGUGGGCAUCAUCUUUAAAACCUUUUAGCGUGUCCUGGCAAGUCCGGUCUGCGAUCUGCGUCAGUCGGCCCCGUAUAGUUGUGUUACUGGACUUACGAAGCACGCACCUCGUAUGCUUGGCCAUUCCCCGAGGCGAGCCUUGCUUCGUGGAUGCGUGCGUCGCCGGACGUGAAAAGAGGCAGAUGCAGAUGCAGAUGCAGAUGCACAGGCGGGAUAUCCAAGCCAUGGCCGAGCACUCGCUCGUACUCCAGAGACGACGACUAGAGAGUAAUAGACGAGAAGCGCGUCGCUGCACCUUACAGCUUUGACCAAACCAUGGUCGUUCUCAUACAGAGACCAAUCUAAUGAAGCUAUUGGGUCUCUUCAUCCCUCCCUUGACUCAAAUAGACAUCGCCAGUUC